AUGAUGAAGGCCCACAUGCUUAUAGGUGCACUGAUCAUGGUGGGCUUCACGGUGGGAAAGGGUAAGUGGAGCAGGGGCAGGGCAGGAGGGGUGGCUGAGUACAGGGAGAGGGUGGCGGUGGAUGAGCGGGAUGUUGCAAGGCAGGGAACUUGGAGUGGGCCAACACCACCAUCCGUGUCUUCCGCUUCCCCAGCUCCUGUUUCUGAAGUCCGGACCUGCCACCUCUGCCUCUUAGAAAAUCCUGCUGUAGGAUGUAUUUCAGGCUCAGAGAAGUGCACUAUCAGCAGCUCAUCCCCGUGCAUGGUGAUCAGCAUCAACUAUGAGAACAAAGCUCGCUUCUUAAUCCGAGGCUGUGGACAACACAAUUCCUACCGCUGCCAAGAAAACCUCCCCACCUACAUCUCAGAGUACUGGUACUCGGCCCAGUGCUGCCAGUAUGACUACUGCAACUCCUGGUACAGUCCCCAGCUCCAGAGUGCCUUGCCUGAGCCCCCUGACAGGUCCCUGGCUCUGCCCCUGUCUCAGUCCCAGAUCCUGUGGUUCUACCAAACCCUGAACCUGUCACUGCCCCUGCCCAGCUUCCCUGCUGGGGAGGAGCCUUCUGAAGGCCUGGACCCCCUGGCUGGCCCACCCGUGAAUCUGAGUUUGUCCAUUGCUGACCUGCGCAGCAUAUACCUGUUCCUCAACAGUUCUGGACUUUUGACUCUUCCCUGGGCUGGUCCCUGA